AUCAUCUGCACCCCGCCUCGGUCCCUCGUCCCUCGUCCAAUAAAUACUUCCUCUUUAUCUUAGACAUCCCGGACUAUUAUAGCCAAUCGGAGACCAGAAAAAAAGGCUUGACAGAUUGACAAGCAAUGUCGGAAUCUUCCGCCAGACCCGGAGGGGACAGCGACAACCCUGCCGUCGCCGCUACCGACGAGAGUACAGGUACAGGUACAGGUACAGUCACAGGCACAGCAGGCAUAAAGGUGCCGGCCUCUCUGCUUAGAGAAGACGUCGUUGAGAACGCUGUCGACGACUCGGAAGACCUGCCGGAUGAUGACUUUAUAGAAGCAACCCAGACUAAGAACUAUACCCAGCGACACCACCACAACAGGCCCCUAGGCAGACUCGGUCGGGUCCAGGAGCUCGUUCCGUUCCCAUUCCUGCCGAAUGUGCGCCCGCUAACCAUCUCGGACCUUGAGAGCUGUGUCGCACUGGAGGAUGCUGCGUUUGCGGACCCGGCGCAUCGGGCUACGAGGGAGAAGUUUGAGUACCGACUAACAGUAUGUCCAGAGCUAUGUCUCGGUCUCUUCUGUACUGUCGCCCCUGAUAAAACCGAGGGCUUCGAGAUCGACACGUUCCCGACGGCGCAUCCCGUCGAGACAGGUCGCGAAAAUGGCGCUAAAAGUGUUCUGAUGGCGCAUAUCGUGGCGACGCGAUCGCACGACGAAAUUGUGACCGACAAGGCCAUGGACUACCCCCGUGACUUCCGCACUAACAAGCGCAACACAACCGACUUGGGCCAUCAGGAGGCUGGCUGCACCAUCUGCAUCCACUCGUUCGCCGUCCACCCUAAACUCCAGGGCUGCGGCCUCGGAAAGCUCCUCAUGAAGUCGUAUCUUCAGCAGCUCAGGAACUCGGAGUGCGCGCUACGCUGUUCGCUUAUCUGCCGAGACUACCUAGUUACGUUCUAUGAACGAUUCGGCUUCUCACACCUGGGAGAGAGUUCGGCAGGAUUCGGCGGCGGAGGUUGGCACAACAUGUCGCUCAGUAUCACGGGAUUACCCUCUUAUUCGGCGAGACCACAAUCGCGAGGCUAAUUGGCAUUUCGGAGUUUCACUCCUAAUAUUUAAGCCAGACCGGGCGGUAAAUCGGAAUGAGGUGUGAAGUAAGGUGAGGUGAGAUUUGCGUUGAAUUCGUACAAGCAACAGUUUGCGAGUUUUUAUACCCAAUCGCGGAGGAAAGCUACCGGUAAAAGAAAAGAAAAAGGUCGGCAUUUACAUGCGAGGACAGAAACACGAC